AUGGAUGUUGAUUCGCCCGAUGAAUCGCCCCCUGUUCGAGAUUCCACUUUGGUCAACAUUUUCGAGUGCGUUUUGCCUGGGGACGUUGCGGUGACUAUCGUUGAGGGAAGGGAGGAGGUGCAAGCCCAAUGGUCUAUUUCUUCAUUCCUCAAGAACAUUUUUAGUACCAAAGAUACAGAUUCUCUACGUCAACACUUUGCAGACAAACUUGACGAAAUCAAGGAGGUUCACGAGAGGAUCUGGCCGGGGUAUGUAGUUCCUCCAAUGUUUCUGUCUAAACAUGAUCAAGCAGACCAGGAAGGGAGGGGAGAGAGUCUUGGUCCGACGUUUUUGAAAACAAAGACAAUGCCAACAUCGAUUGCCAUGUCCUGGAUUGUUUGGUCUGUUUCCAAAUCAAAACGGAGGGAUAUCGAUCGUGUCAAGAGCCAAACUUUUCUGCGGAACCUUUUGGUACAUGUGUUAGAAGUUGCUGGAACGUUACAGUUCAGUGUGGUUGCUGUUGCGAAAGCAAACGCAAGAGCAAAGGAUAUUGAGAUCUCAGAGAGAAAUGAUUGCAUUGAUUACCGCAAUUUGUGGGACAAUAAGAUCAAAGGAAGAAUUGUUUGGGUUUGGGAAGAGACAAAAAGACGCGGAGAGAGUCAAAUCACUUCCAAUUGGGACAGACCCCACUGGAUAGACUUCAUCGUGUUUGCUCUGGACCCCAAAAGUGGUUCGGCGCCCCAGCUACUGGCUCCUGUCGCUUGGAGUAUUCUGGCACAAACAGCUGCAUGGAUGGAUACCAAUAUGGGGAGAUUGGCUCUUUCUUUCCAAAGUGUUCAAAACUCGCGUCACAAGAAUCGGCAAGAAAACCAUGGUCUUACAGUACGGAAGUUGCUGGACGAAUUGUGCUUCAUUUGGAGCCCAAACAUUCUUCGGGGUGCAUAUGCAGUGCAUCGCGAAAGCAGCGCCCUACAUCGAGCAGCCCAAGCCCUGUCGGUAGCUGUUGGAUUAGUUGCAGAGUGGAUUUCUCCAAAACAGUUGGAGGACGAAGUAUUCAAACGUUGGAAUUUCCCAAAACACAAUUCAACAGCUAUUACUUCGAAAGAAUCGGCGAAGCCAAAGAAGGCGGCCCAGCCAAAACAGUCCAAAGGACGAACCAGAAAGCCAAUGUCAGAGGGGGGGCGCAGUGUGACAACAGAGUUCUACAAUCACGCUACCUAUGAGGAUAUGCCACCGAAGCAUUUGAACCAGUUGAUUGUAAAGAAGUUGGACAGAGAAGAGCUGUUCCUACUCCUGGCAUUCUGCUUUGGCUUCUCCCCACAAGAUGAGCCAAGGAGGAAGAAGCCAGAAAUGUUGGAAGCAGUCAAGUCAGAAUAUGAAAGGCGCGGUUCACCCAUCGCAUUCACCGGGUGGACUGUACACGAAGUCAAGGCUUUCAUGCUCGACCAUUUGAAGAAGGUGAAGAAAGGGGGCGACUGCGGUGUUCAUGCCCGUCUUCUCCCAAGGCGGCCAAGCCCGGAGCUGCCUGCCCCUCUGCCGGACGGCAUCUCUGUUCAAGAUGAUGAUGACAAGGACAGUAGCGGAAGUUCAGAGAAGGAAGGGUUCAGUGAAUCAGAAGACGAUGGCUUGACUGAUGAGGGUUGGAAAAUUCAGAAGAAGAAGGGCAAGUACAUGCUGGUUCACACAGAGACCAAGGAAUCCAUCGAGCUGGGACACCCAGACAAAGGUUCCACUUGGGAAGUGUAUCAGGACGACGAUGUGGACUACCUGAACCAGACAGACAAUGAUGAUUGGGAGGCCAUGUCUUGCCUCGAGUACUUCCAGGAAGUCAAGGCUUCAGAGAAAGCACUUGACAAAAAGAAGGCAAAGCCAGCGCCCAAGACCCCCAUGUCUGAAAGACGAGCACCACGUAUGAAAGGCAUGGCAGAAAAAACCCGUGCCGCUCCAAGCGAGAAGAAGCACACACAGCAGCCAGCACAGUCUCAAGAAGAAGCAUCCCCUCCCCCUGAAGAAGAAGAAGAGUUCGGUGCCAGUUCAGAUGAAUCUCCACAAGCGCCUGAAGAAGAUGAGAAUGAAGAAGAUAUGUGGAUGCCAUUUAUUGCCAAGGAUCGCGCAGGCAAAAUGUUCCUUAUCGAUCCGAAACCAGGGAAAGAACUGAAGCUCCCCGUUGACAAGUGCUCCGAUUGGGAAAUUGUCAAGAAUCCAGAGAAAAAAGGAUAUGAGCUGGUUUCAAAGUCCAAUAAGGACACCCCCAAAGAUGUGGAAGUCAUCAUGGCAGGCAGGAAGGCGAAGAAGGUUGAAGAUGAAGCUCGCUUCAAGUUGGUGCAAGAUGUGCACGCCAAGGUGGAGAAGUACAAGGACGAGAAGGUGCAGAAAGCCGCGCUCAAGAAUCUUGAGAAAGUCGCAGAAGAGCAUCAAAGAGCGAGAGAAGAAGACAGAGAGAAGCAGAGACAGAAGACUGAGGCACAUCAAAAAGCUGCACAGGAAAGGGAGCGCAAGAUGAUUGAGGAUGCUGUAAAGCUGAAGGAGGAUAAGGAAGCAAAAGCACAAGAGGAGGCAAUCAGGAGGAUGAAGGAGAAGGAACAAGAGAAGAUUGAUGCGGAAAAGAAGAAGCAACUGGAGGAGAAACUUCGCAGAGAGAUUCAAGCCAAAUUGGAAAAAGAGGAGGCAGGCAAGUCAGACAAGGCUUCUAAGAUUCCAGACAAGGCAGGAGACGAGGAGGGCGACGUGCACAAAACAAAAGAAACUGAGAAGAGCAAGCCGGAAGAGACAGACACGGUGCCUGAGAAGGGUGAGUCAAAGCCUAAGGACAAGUCAAAGCCUAAGGAGGAAGAACCGAAGAAGCCAGCCAAGAGCAGCGGGACAGAUAAGAAGAGCGACACACAGGAGUCUUUUGAAAGGUGUGGGGGUGAUGUGGCUGGAUGGAUAAAUGCACAGGUUAAGCAAGAAAGGCAGCUAGCCCACACAAAAUUUUGGGACAGAGUAAGGGCAAGGGAAAAAAGGGAAGCCAAAGCCAAAAGAAAAGAAUCCAAGUCCGUUUCGACCCAGGAGCAGCCGGCGGGAUUGCAGUCCAAGUUGCCCCAAAUCAACCUCGAUUGA